UUGGAAAUGUCGAGUUAUAAUUAUUUUGGUAAACAACAAUGGAUUUGUCGUUUGUGUAUGAAAACUUUGUCCAGCAAGAGGUCCUUCGAUGAACAUAUGAAUAUUCAUAGUAAAUCUCGACCCUUUGGAUGUGAUGAAUGUAAAUAUGCUGCAGCAAGUAAAAUGACUCUUCGUCGACAUAAACUUCGUAAUCAUGUUCCACGCUCAAAUUGGGGAUACCAAUGCCCAUAUUGUGGUGAAUUUUACAUGGAGCCUGCUAGUUAUCAACAACAUAUCACUGUAAGGCAUUGGGGACUUUCUGCAACAUUUGGAUGUCCUUUUAGAAAUUGUGAUUUUACAUCAAAAUCGUCGAGGUACUUUCGUGAACAUAUUCUUAGACAUCAAGCAGUUUUUAUUUCUUCAAAUGAUGGAACUCCUUUUAAUUUAAAUUUGGAUAAUCUUUCUUUGUAUUUAAUCAAUGAUGAAUGUGGUACUGGAGAUAGCAGAAAUUUAUUUAUUGGCAAUAAAAGAAUGUCCAGAUGUCAUAAUUUUCGUAAAAAUAUUUAUGGGAUCCAACUGAAAACUCCAAAAGUAGUGCAUAGAUUUAUUUACAGCAAUGCAAUAAGAGAACUUAGGAAGGAUGAAGAAGAGAAUGUGUUUCAACAUUUAACAAUUAACGUGGAAAAAUUGUUGGAUGAGGAAGAGAUUAUUUCAACAAAUUCACGUGAAUGCGAAAAAAUUAGUCAUAAUUCGAAACCAGUUCGUUUUCGCCCAUAUUCACCGUCACAAUUUGAACAAGAAAUCUUCCACCCCGAAAAUACCGAUAUUGUUUCAAAACAUUCACAUCAGCCAAUGGAUUGGAUAGAGACUGAGGUUAUAAUUGAUGAUGAAAUGACUACUUUCACCAAACUUCCUGAUGGACAAACCGAUGAUUUUGGAUUGGAUUGA